AUGCACACUGAGGUUCCCACACCGGUCACUCUCCUCCCCCCAGCUGGUCGUCUUACAGGUUACCAGAACUUCCUUGGGAAAAAUGGAAAGUCCUUCUCCCCAAACUCCUCCCACACCCAGUGCAGCAAGCAAAAAUACAUGAAGAAGCAAGGAACAGGCAACACUGGUGCCAGCACCCCCCUCUCUUCCCCACCAGGGGCCAGCAGUGUGCAGGUCUACCAUGACUACCAGAGUUUGGCUUCCAAGAUGUAUUCUGGGAAUGGUCAUGCUAAAGAAAAUGGCUCUCACACCAGGAGAGACCGGGUCACCAGCCGAGAUGGUACAGGCAAGUUGUCCUCCGUACCAGACAUCAUCUAUAACAGCCAGGACCAGAGGUACAGCAUGAAGGACGAGAGUGCUCUGAGGAACUCCACAUGGAUGAUGGAUUCGAGCAGCCAAGCAUAUUCAGGGCCAGAGGACAACUCCACAGACCCACAUGAGACCCUGACAGAGACUUCAACUCUGACCUUUGUGGAUGUUCACAACCUGGAGGAGUCCGCAGAGAACCACAGCCUCCAUGGGGUGGAGAUGGUUUACCUCAAGGAGUUUGUGCUGAUAGAUGACGACGAUGAUGGAGACAUGUCGCUAAGAGAGAAAACAGUGACAGAUUUGUCUGUUAUGGAUGGAAAAGCUGCUGACCUGGUGUGUGGGAGGCUGUUGUCCACCUCCAGUGGCUCAGUAUCAGAGUAUAAGGAAGAAUUUGCGGCUCCUGAAGCACCUCCACCUGAAGAUGUUGAGGCUGCACAUGAAAAAAAACGCUGCUGUUUCUGCACUAUUUUAUGA